AUGCCACCAAUUUACCGUUCCCUAUAUCCAGAUCUUGAUAUCAAAUCAGUGGAUUUGGUCUCAUAUCUGUUUUCAAAUCCUUUUAACACACCUCUGGACCGUCCUGUGUACAUCAAUGCUAUCUCAGGAGAGCAAUAUACUUUCGGAGAUGUGAUUAAACGUACACGCUCUCUAUCCAACGGGCUCCGACAAACCAUAGGGGUUAAACCCAACGAUGUCGUGGCAUUGUUCAGUCCCAACACGAUCGAAUACCCUGUGGUAUGUCAUGCAAUUGUCAGCUCCAGAGCUAUCGUGGCCCCAACAAGUGCAGCUUUGACAGCACUUGAGCUCCACGCCCAGCUCAAGACUAGCGGUGCCAGAUUUAUCAUCUCUCAUUCGUCUUUGCUGGAAACUGCCCAAAAAGCAGCCACGGGGACGUCUGUCGAGAAAGUGAUCCUAAUAGAUGGUCAUACACCAAUCGAUGGUCCACCUCCUUGCAAUCAUCUUGCCAGCACAUUUUCUCCUGGCGAUUUACUCACUAUCGAUCCAACCGAGGCAGAUCGCCAACCCGCAUUCAUCUGCUUUUCUUCUGGAACAUCAGGCGCAGCCAAGGGUGUCAUCACAACACACCAGAACAUCACCUCAAACCUCCAGCAAUGGCGCCACCAAAUGCUUGACUCCGGUCUUCCGUCCCAGCGACCAAAAAGACAAUCUGCCAUAGCAUUCCUGCCAUUCAGCCAUAUCUACGGCCUCAACCUGUUCAUUUGUCAGUGUUUAAUGUGGGGCACAACGGUGGUCAUCCUGCCCAAGUUCGAUCUCGAUUUAUACCUCAGUUGUAUCGAGAAGUACCGACCAGACGAGUUGUCAGUGGUGCCGCCCAUUGCCCUGAUGUUGGUCAAGGACCCACGGGUCUUCAAGUAUGAUCUCACCAGCGUGCGCAAGAUCAUGUCUGCCGCCGCACCGCUCACAAUUGAAUUAUCGUCCGCUCUUGAAGCCAAGUUCAGAGAGAUUUCAAAGACAGAGGUCUUCUGUACCCAGUCAUGGGGUCUAACAGAGACUUCACCGAUGGCGACAGCCGUCCCCAAUGACCGCAUGGAUAAGCGGAACACGGGCGUAGGCUGUAUUGUGCCGAACAUGCAGCUCCGCUUUGUAGAUCCCGAGUCCAGGCAAGACGCAGCAGUCACGUCUGACGGAUCCACAGCACCUGCGGAGAUCUGGUGCCGUGGUCCAAACGUGGUGAUGGGCUAUUACAACAACGACGAAGCGACGAAAGAGGCAUUCCAUGUGGACGAGGAUGGAACGAGGUGGUUCCGAACGGGUGACAUUGGGACUAUCGAUGCAGAUGGAUACAUCACCAUUCAGGAUCGUAUCAAGGAGAUGAUCAAAUACAAGGGACUGCAGGUUAUCCCUAGUGAGUUGGAGGGAAAGCUGGUCGACCACCCUGACGUGGAUGAUGCCGCUGUGACUGGAAUGUGGGUGGACGACAGGGCCACUGAGCUACCGGUUGGCUUUGUGGUUUUGAGUCAUCAGGCUAAGGACAUGGAUCAGAAGGCUGUUCUUGAUGGGAUUCACGCGUGGCUCAAUGAGCGUGUUGCCAACCAUAAGCGUCUGCGUGGUGGCAUCCAUGUUUUGACGCAAAUUCCCAAGUCGCCCAGUGGGAAAAUUCUGCGUCGGCAGUUGAGGGACUUGCUGAAGAGUCAGGGGCCGAAAUCUCGUCUAUAA